GAGAGCUAAAAAAGCACAGCGAAAGGUCUCCUCUCGAGAUCUGGCUUCAGAGAACUAGGGUUUCCUCUUCAAUGGCGGAUCUGGGCGCCUCCACCUCACCGGACUCGCCGGAGGCCCUCGACCACUUCGACCGCCUGCCGGACCCUGUGCUCCUCAUCGUCCUCAACCGGAUCGGCGACGUGAAGGCUCUCGGCCGCUGCAGCGUCGUCUCCCGCCGCUUCCACGCUCUCGUCCCUCAGGUAGACUCCGUCGUCGUCCGCGUCGACUGCGUGAUCUCUGAUGACCUCUCCGGAGCCACCGACAAGCCCCGUGGCGUCUUCUCCCACCUUGCCCGCCUCGUCCUCUCCGGCCUUGUCAAGCCUCUCCACGCUCUUGGCCACAUUCUCGGCCCCCAAUCCUCCUCCUCUUCUUCUUCGUCUUCGUCUUCUUCUUCUUCUUCUUCUUCUUAUCAGGCUCGCCAUUCGUCGUCCUCCGAGGUCUUGCAUCACUCCCCGGCCGAGGUUCUUAAGAAUUUCAAGGAGAUCCGACGGCUUAAGAUCGAGCUUCCCUCCGGCGAGCUUGGCAUCGAGGAUGGCGUUCUACUCAAGUGGAACGCCGCGUUCAGCUCCACCCUCGACUCCUGCGUCAUCCUCGGCGCCUCCUCCAUCUCCGAUAAGAACCCUAACCCUAAUUCCACCCCCGUUUCAACCACCUCUGAUGAGGGCGGCAGCAUCCCGGAGUCGUUCUACAACAAUGGCGCCCUGAAGCUCCGGGUUGUCUGGACGAUCAGCUCCCUCAUCGCCGCCUCAGCCCGGCACUAUCUAUUGCAGCCGAUCAUAUCGGAUCAUGAGACGCUGGAGAGUCUCGUUUUGACUGAUGCUGAUGGCCAGGGGAUGCUGACGAUGGACAGGGAGCAACUCCAGGACCUGCGCUUGCGUCCGGUGAUGCCUUCCGGUUCAUCGCAGCGCACGCUGGUGCCGGCGCUCAACAUGAGGUUGUGGUAUGCCCCUCAUUUGGAUCUCCCUGGUGGGGUUGUCUUAACGGGAGCGACACUGGUGGCCAUCCGGCCGAGCGCUGCGGAGCAGCAGCAACAACAACAGCCGCCUGGUGAGAUGGUUGGUGGAUUCGAUGGAUAUUCUUGGGUUUCUAGUGCGUUUGAUGAGCCUUACAGGACUGCAGCUGGCUUGUUGGUGAGGCGGAGGACAUACUGUCUCGAGAUGAACUCGUUUUGAUCUGUAUUUGCAGGAUUAUUAGAUAUUAUAAAGAAAUGAACAAUUGGAUAGUUUUUGGCCGCCGUAGAAAAAUCCAUAAUCAGGUUUGUGACCCAACACACAAGUGCUAUCUACAUCCCUCUUGCUGCAAUUUCGCAUCCUCUGUUGUUGAUCAUAAGCUGAAAUAUUUGAAUUGUUUGCAUGCACAGGGUAGUAUGCACCUUUAUUUGGAGCUCUGUACUUGAGUUAGGGAUAGCUCAAUGUUCAUGUAUAUGUUGAUUCAAUAACUCCUAAUUGUGCUCAAUGAAAUUUAAUUUUGUAUC